GGAGUGUUCUAAAGCAUGAUGAGGGCCGGUGGACUGGCCUGUGCUUUGCUUCUCCUCGCCUCUGGGGCAUCCAACGCCCUGCCCCAGUACGGCGGCGCGGGCCUUCAGCAGCAGCAGCAGGAGGGCCAGGUGGGUCAGCAGCAGCAGCAGCAGGAGGAGGGGGGGUUCUGGUGGCAGGAUAAGGGCGUCUUUGAGAGUCAGAGCGCCGUCGUAGGAGGGACGUCAGGCACCGCGGGAGGAUUCACGCCGACGCAGUCUAGCGAGUGUGCUCUGGGAAAUGGGUGCGUGCCGUGGCAAUACUGCCUCAACGGGGUGUACAAGUUCAACCCGAGUGUCAACCUCGAAGUCCGCUCGCCAGCCAAGGUUCCCGAACACGUAUCUCAAAAAUUAUGCGGACAAAUCGGCAACGUCUGCUGCCCCAUUCCCGAAGACAUCCUCCUGCAGCAGCAGCUGGCACAGGCAGGCGUAGGAGGUGAUGUCGUCGCUGGAGUCCCCGGCGCUGGGGUCCACUCGGAGCAGACUAGUGUUGGCGGUGGCGGCGCUGGGGUUCAUGCGGAACAGACUAGUGCUGGCGGAGGCGGCGCUGGCGGCUACGGGGGCUCCGGAGGCAUCAUCAGUGGUACUGUGAGCGGCGGGGGUGUCGUCGGUGGCGGACUUGAGCAGACCAGCAGCGGUCAUGGGCAGACCAGCGGUGCCCUCUCGAGCCAGUGCCGGGUUGGAUUCGACUGCGUGCCCGCAUACCAGUGCGACGGUGGCGUCAUCAACACCUCCGGAGUUGGCCUCAUCAACAUUCGCACCAAAGUGCAAAAGUGCACCAACCCCGAGUACCCGACCGUGGAAGCCGUCUGCUGCAAGAUCCCCGGCGCCAGCGAGCCCACCGUUCUCGCGUGCCCCGCCCCCGAGGAAUGCGUGCCCUACGGACAGUGCAAGGAAGACGGCACCAUCAACACGGACGGAACGGGACUCAUUGACUUAAGGAUCAAUACGCCGUGCAAUCUGGACAGCGUGAACUACGAGAAGGGCGUGUGCUGCCUCCCGCCGCGUCCGGAGCCGCUGGCCACGUGCCCCAAUGGCCUCGUGUGCGAGCUCGAGGGCCAGUGCGCGACGCCCGGAGCCCUCGCCGCCGAUGGGACGUACACGGUGAGAACGCCGGCCUCUCCUUUUUAACUUACUUGACCCUCU